CUCCUUCACGUGUGAGCGUUGUCUUCUUUCUACCCUAUGGGUCAAAUUCCACCGACUGUUUCUUGCCACCUUCAUCCUUCCGUGUAUUUCAUUCCACCAAAUCGAAACAGGUUGAGACCGCUCUCCAACACCUAUAAGAAUUGCUCGCAACAGUCUCUUUGAUCGUCAUACGGGAUCACCACCGGAAAAUGGAGCUCGGUCUGUCUAUUGGUGAAACACCAGACAAGGUCGCAAGAAGCACGCCAUCGAGACUUCAAAUAGCUCUAGCCAUGCCUUUCAGUAGCACUAUCGGCGAUCCGGGAGGUGACGCUCAUGGAGGUUGUAAGAGCCGCCGUGAACUGGUUCAGCUUGAUUUGCUUCCCUUGAGCCCAGAUCCAAGCCUUAGAGCUGAUGUGCUUUCGCCUUCUGGUAUCGUGAAAGCUCCAAAACAUGAUCACCAUCGUCGCAGAGGUGGCGACACAGCGGCUGCGAUCAGAAAUUCUCAUGGCGAUGGCAGAAAAAGGGAUUGGGAGGCUGCUGGAAUCGAGGCGGAAACAGAGCGAGCUAGCUCAAGGUGCAGCGAUGAGGAAGAAGGCGGGUCGUCGGCGAGGAAGAAGCUGCGGCUGUCAAAGGAACAGUACGCUUAUCUUGAGGAGAGCUUCAGGGAGCACAGCACCCUUAAUCCGAAGCAAAAGAUUGCCCUGGCAAAGCAGCUCAACCUCCGGCCACGGCAAGUAGAAGUCUGGUUUCAGAACCGCAGAGCAAGGACUAAGCUGAAGCAAACGGAGGUCGACUGCGAGCAUUUGAAACGGUGCUGCGAGACGCUGACGGAGGAAAACCGGCGCCUACAGAGGGAGGUUGAAGAGCUAAGGGCGCUAAAAUCACUGCCAGUUUCCGGCGGGUGCUGCAUCCAAGUCCCAGCAACAACUUUAAGCAUCUGCCCCUCAUGUGAACGCAAACACCCAGCAGAAAGGAAUGCCAGUAGCUUCAAAGGAUUCAACAGAACACGGUGCUUUCCUUUCCUGCAGCACACUUCUGCUGCAACAUAGAAGAGUUGGAAGCAAACGGUUUUGAUUGCAGCCAUGCAUCACCUGAUCCGAUCUCGGCAAGCAGGAGGGCCACACGGCAAUGAUGAAUCCCUCCCCAACUAUAAGGAAUUAAGUUUUGUGUUUAAAUCUGAGCCCAGUUUGGGAUGUGAUUAAAGAUAUGUAGAUCUAGGAUGUAAGUGGGUCGUGUCAUUAUGGCUAAUCUGCUACUAUCUAAUCAAAUAUGGAUUCAGAUACGAAGGUGGUAAACCAUACUAUUGAACUUGACUAAUUGGUUACUACCAUAUAAUCGGAUUUCAGAUCAUAUUUAGGAUCAGAUGCGCAGAAGGUUGAUCCAUAAAUAAAUCGGAUUUGGAUUGCUUUUCACCAAAGGUGAUGUGAUCAGCCUGAGUUUAAUCUCCAUUGUAAACCUCGAUGGAUAUCGGCAGUACUAUGGCUAAUUUUUUUCA